AUGCCAUGGCAUUGGUUUGACUUCGCUUUGGCAACUCGGUCGGAACAACAGAGUAACUUUAUGGAACGCGCCCAAUUCCGAGCACUGACCCAGCAGCCAUGCCGAUUUCUACCUUCUGGACCUUCACCUGCUCUACAAUCCCGGACGCUUCAUCAGCGUUGCAGUGGACAUCGUUAUCAAGUGUUACAACCUACCAAGUGUCCCUGA